AAUCCAAGUGGGUCAUUGACAUUGAGUAUAUUGAAAAGAUUAACUGGUAAAAGCCAGCAAAUUUGAAAUAGUAGUCGCUAAGAGCAUCGGAGUCAAUUUCUGCAGGCUGCUCUUAUAAGAACGGAACCGCUGUUUAUCAUUAAACACUUUUAUCCAUUGCUAGCUAGCUAAGAUAUAUACAUAGACUACAAGAGAGAAGAUAGAUAGAUACAUACAUGGAGGAAACACUGAAAAGAAAAGCUCAUGGGGAUGCAUUCAAGGAAGAGAAGAGAAGUGAAUCGAGCCAUGCCGAUGAUGAAGACCGCAAAGACGAAGAUAUGCCCCUUGUCAAGGAUAAUGAGCUUGAUUCUGCGAAAGCCGAAAUGCAUGAGGUGAGAGAGGAGAACCACAGACUAAGAACUUACUUGGACAAAAUGAUGAAGGAUUAUCAAACUCUUCAAACUCAAUUCAACAACAUUGUUCAUGACAGGGAUUCUCCCACCAAAUCCAGGCCUGUCAAUGAUCAAGGCCAUCGCGAACAGAAGCAUGAGACGCGUGAUGAGUUUGAUGUGUCCCUUAGUCUUGGAAGAUCAUCUUCGAGUGAAAUAAAAAGGGAGAAUGAUCAUAAGCAUUCGUCGAGUCCUAAGAAGCCUGUUGAACAGGAUAAAGAAGGAUUGAGGCUUGGAUUGGACUGCAGGUUUGAUGUGCAGCCUUCUGUACUUUCGAAAGAAGGAGUGCCUGAAUCGUCUCCUGAACAUAGCUUGGAUGAUGUGAAGGAAGUUGGCGCGGAGACGUGGAAUGCUCAGAAAAGUGAGAAAGCACAUGAAGAGGAUGAGGUUUCGCACCAAAACCCUGCUAAGAAAGCCAGGGUUUCUGUCAGAGUUCGAUGUGAUACUCCCACGAUGAUUGAUGGGUGCCAAUGGAGAAAAUAUGGUCAAAAAAUCGCGAAAGGAAAUCCAUGCCCCCGAGCAUACUAUCGGUGCAGUGUCACACCAUCAUGUCCAGUGCGAAAACAAGUACAAAGAUGUUCACAAGACAUGUCCAUCUUGAUCACCACUUACGAAGGAACGCACAACCACACACUCCCAAUAGCAGCCCAUGCCAUGGCCUCCACUACCUCGGCAGCUGCAGGCAUGCUCUUAUCCGGCUCAUCCACCUCGGGUAUCGGAUCAUCAGGAGCCCCGACUACCAUCACCACCCCAGCUGAGCUACACGGACUCAACUAUUAUCUCUCCAAUAACUCAGCAUCCUCUAGACCUCCAUUCUACUUGCCAAACACUUCAAUCUCCUCAUCUUCCUCGUAUCCAUCCAUCACUCUCGAUCUCACCUCAAGCUCCUCCUCCAUGACAAGUACUUUCCCUCCAAGAUACAAUCUCAAUUCCUCGAGUACUAAUCUCAACUUCAACACUUCUUUGGACUCCAACGCCACUUUACCCAUCUUCUGGAGCAAUGCCAACAACUACCAGUUACAAAAUUACGCAAAGAACACUCAAAUAGGCCAAUCGCUAAACUUUGCCAGACAACAUCAAGAAAACCUCUACCCAUAUUCCUACAUGCAAAAGAACAACAAUGAUCUUGCUCAAGCUCAUCAGUCCAUGCAAAUGGACAAGAACUCCAUCGAAUCUGCCACGAAAGCAAUAACAGCCGACCCGAAUUUCCAAUCAGCCCUAGCAGCUGCAAUCACCUCAAUGAUCGGCUCCAACAACAUCAGUGGCAAUAAUGUAAAAUUGCAGGAGCCAUCAUUUCCAGUGCUGUCUAGUUUUCUUGCAACAAAUUCUCAGGCAUCAAACAUGAUCAGGCCUCUCCCUCCUUCAUUGCCAAUUUCGAGUUCGAAGAGUAAAUCUACAUCUCCUGAGGAUAAUAGAGACCAAGUCAGAUGAUUAUGGAUUAAUUAUUCAUAACUGGCGUUCAUGCAAUGAAUUUUGUUUGCCAAGUAAACUUAGUUUUCCAAUGAUUCAUUAUAAUUCUUUGGUUGUAACGUAUAUAACUCUUAGUAAUUAUACUAUGUUAGUGAUGUACAAUGGAGAAAACAUUGCAUGUUGAGGCGACUGCGAACUGAAUUGGUAGUCGCCAUUGUUAAUGGUGUAGCAUGCAUGUGGAUUAAAUAAAUACAACAACAUUUUAUAUUUGA